CCCUGUCAACUCUUCCCUCAUUCUUCCUCUUCAGUUCUCUCUCAGAAAAUAAAAUUCUCUGCAAGAUUGAAUUUCAUUGAUUUCAUCCUUAACCCUAGCUCUCCAACCGUUCCCUCACUUUAUCUUACUUUUCUCUCAGUUUCAUCUCAGAUUUAAUCCGCUGCAAGAUUGAAUCUUUCAUUGAUAUGCAGGACAAACAAUGAACGAUUCACAGCAAAACACCAAUACCCUAUAACAGAAUAACCCUAUAUUUUUACAUACCCAAUUCGCCAUUUAUGAAGAACUAAUAAAUACGGAUUAAAAUUAGGUAUUUGAAAGAAGAGAUUAGGGAAGAAGAUUUGGAUAAAUGGAGAGCCAAGAGAGUGCAGGAUAGAAAGAUAUAACUCCAAUUUCAAAACCAGCAAAAGAAGAAAAAAAAGGUUCUAAAUUAUGGGUGCAGGACAGAAGAAGAAGAAGUGUUCUAAAAAAGUGAAAUUUGCUGAUCAUAUGGAGAAAAUUAUAUCACCGAAUGCCACUGUGGAGGACAAAAGAGUGGUAUCUGAUGAUGGUGUUGAAAGGAUGUUUAUUCACCCUGCCAGGUACCGGGCUUAUACCUGCAAAAUAACAACAUACUCAAGCCCGAAGGUUUUGAAGUGGGUGCCUAACCUGCUGUCUCCUGCUGAGCAAGAGAAAUUUAUGUCAACUGCAAUUGGCUUCUUACUGCACCUGCCCAUGCAAACGUGGUCUAGUUCCUUAUUUCACUUCUUAUUGGCUAGUCAGAUCUCCACGGGUGAUGAAGGUGAUAAGGGUAACCGUGAAGAAAUGUGCGUAAUGGUUUGUGGAAAGGAAUUCUCCUUCGGAAAGAAAGAGUUCGCAUUGAUUUCGGGGCUUAGUUUUAGGAAGUCGAACCAUAAUUUUUCUCGUCCCGACACGAAAGUAGCGGCAAGAAAAUUACUAUUAAUUGGAAAAUAUGAAAACUCCUAUGCAGAGGGUAAGUCCCAAGAAUAGGACAAGAAGACUUUUUGACUAAUUACAAUUAGUCAAAAGCAGAAAAAUGAAUUCUUUUUUGUUUUUGGUUAAACAUGAGAUGAGAGGUGAACAUGGGAGGCACCAACUAUAUUUAGUUGGCAUUAAAUUCUAUAUAUGUUUGCCAACAUAAGUAUAA